GUCACGGAAAAGAAGGACGCGGAGAAGAAGGACCAAUCAACUUUCUUUCUGAACAGGGCUGUCCGCCAACGUCGACUCGGCUCGUGCUAACCUUGCAGGCACAUUUGUCAAUGCGUUCGUUAACGCUGGGUUUGGUAAUGAUAAAUUGAUGUUGGAAGCCGACGAGGGCAACAGCCGGGUGUACAAGAACAAAGAUAACGGCAUGAUGAGCGCCGCGGCAAGUCUCGCACCAUACGCAGGCUCUCAUCGCGAGGACUUACUCGUUCUUCUCCUUCCUGCAGUCGCGGACGACGGGGUUUCGGUGGAGAUCGCUGCUCUCAGCGCUCCCGCUUUGGGAUUCGUGUUCGUGGGCAGUGGAAACGAGGAGAUUACGAGCACGAUCUUGCAGACGUUGAUGGAGAAGGAUGACAAGGCAUUGGAUGAAACCACUGGUAGAAGUUCUUUGGUUAAAAUUGAAAACACAGGUUGCCAUGUACGAAUUGUAUCGGUACUAUUUGGACGCAGUGAAUCCAAAUCAGCUUGCAACCUUGGCGAUUUGAACUUUGAACUUAUGAUUCAUUGAUUCAAGUUGGAUCUUAUCCAACGUGCUACACCUUGAUUUUCACUUGCUACAUGACGUCUGGCUUGAUUCCAAAAUGCUCACUCCUUUGGCCUCAUUCCUUCUAUAAUAGGGGAGCUCAGAGUAGCCCGCUGUCCGCUGUUGCUUUCGCUUUCGCUGU